UCUUGUAGUGGAGGCCAAAACUUGACGAAAGUAAAAACCGCCCCCCUUCGUCACGUCAAGAACGAGAUGAUCGGGAAACAAGAACAUGAUCCAAACAUUUCAACACUAUUUCAACAGAGAUCGCCGCCGAAAUCCACAAGCUUUUGGUACAGUUUCAAUCUGAGAUUUCGAUUAUCACUACAAUCUUUUUCAAUCCGCAAUUACUUUUCUCACGAAUUCGUCCAUAAGAAGCAAAAAACGAACCAAUCAAAAGACAAUCCAGUUCAAAUUUUGGGCGAAACCCUCGUGGUCUCAGAUUCAAAUCCCCUGUAAAUAGGAAGGUAUUGAAGAGCUUCUCCCAGCUUCUCCAAUGGCGAAUCCGCGUAAAGGCAAGCUCCUUUUUACCUAUUUUCUAUUUUUUUUUGCUAUUCCCCGUGUUUCUAGGGUUUUUGUCUGCAAUUCUAGCUCCCUUGAGCUGAAUCAACCUGAAUCUGAUGUCCCCAUUAAAAUUAGACAGCAUGUUUUACUGAAAAAUCUUGAGGAGUUAGUGAAAAACCUUAGCGAUGUAGUUUCUAAAUUGGAGAUGAGAUUAUCUGAUAUUCCCGCGAAAUUGAACACUGAGGUAGGUAGUUUAGGCGGUGGAAAAGGACUGAGUGACGGCGGAGAUGGCGGUUUGGAUAAUGGAAUUCAGGAUGGGGGUGGAGGUAGAGCUGUUACAGUGACAAAAUACAGUCCAUUUUGGUCGGAGAGGUUCCAUUUUUUGUCGGCUGUGAAGCUGGAUUUUGAUGCUACUUGUAUCAAUGUCCUGCCGCUUAGGGAUUUCGAGGGACAUAGCAAGUAUGUUGCGGUAGGAGACGAGAGAGGGCGAGUUUAUGUCUUUAUGAGAAAUGGGGAUGUUGCGGUUGAGCUUUGUACAGUGUCUGAUUCGCCGAUUACGUCGAUGCUUUCGUAUAUGUCUGUUUAUAAGAAUGAGACCCUUUUGGUUACUGGCCAUAAGAAUGGGGCGAUCUUGAUGCAUCGGAUUUGGGAGAGAUCGAAUGGGGAGGAGUUGAAUUCGGUUUUCAUGGAACAUGUUGUGGAAUUUGUGGGGGAGGAUGAGUCGCCAAUUUCCAUCUUGGAAGUGCAUUAUGUUGGGAGGAUUAGGUACAUUUUGUCUUCGGAUGUUCGGGGGAAAAUCAAGGUUUUUAGAGAAGACGGGACGGUUUAUGGUUCGGUCAUGCCUAUGAGUAGGCCAAUAGCGUUCUUGAAGCAGAGGCUCUUGUUCUUGACCGAAAGUGGCGCUGGCUCGUUGGAUUUGAGAAGUAUGAAACUUAGGGAGUCGGAAUGUGAGGGAUUGAAUCAUUCUCUUGCUCGAAAUUACGUGUUUGAUGCCGUGGAGCGAUCGAAGGCGUAUGGUUUUACAUCAGAUGGGGACUUGAUUCAUGUCUUGUUGUUGGGAGAUAUACUGAACUUUAAAUGCAGGGUUAGAUCAAAACGGAAGUUCGAGCUUGAUAAACCACUAAUCUUUCAAGCAAUCAAGGGCUAUUUGCUUGUUAUCAGCAAUGAGAAGGUUCAUAUUUUCAACGUAUCGUUGCAGCAUUACGUUCGAGUCGGUGCACCGAGGCAUCUAUUUUCUGCUGGUCUAGACGAGAUCAGGUCAUCUUUCUUGAACUAUCAGAAUUUGGAUUCAGAGUCUGGAGGAAAGUUUAUACCAUUAAUAUCGAGUGACCAUGAAAAGCUUGUUGUUCUUGGACUUGGGGGCGGAUAUGUCGGAUUGUAUCGCUCGAAUCUUCCGAUCUUUAAAGGGGAGUUCAAUACAAUGCUAUGGACAAGCCCUGUUCUCUUUUUCAUUCUCUUUCUGUUUGGAGCUUGGCAUUUCUUUGCAAAGAAGGAGGCGCUCACGUCCUGGGGACCGGAUGACCCUUUUACUGCAACUUCACCGACUACCGGAGCUCCACUCGGAACUGGAUCCAGCGAGAGAGCAUCUUUCAUUGACGCUCCUUCGAGAAGUACUGAAAUGAUGGAUCUUAGAGGUGGUGGUGGUGGCCUAAGAGGACCACCGCGACGUUAUGGUUCUCCUACAGGGUAUCCUGGUGGGGCAACGAGUUCGUUUAGGCCAGCUACGACAAGUGACCAUAACUCAAGACCAGCUGCAGUUGAUCCAAAUUAUCGAGCAGCUUCGGAGUUAAAAUUCAGAGGCUCGCCUUUAGAACCUCCGGGAUUUCCGAAACGACGGGAGCCUCUAUUUGCAAACAAUCAGGUGGUGGAUGAAAGCAGUUGAAAGAAAAAUAGGUAUCAGCUAGUAAUCUUUGCUUCAAAGAGUUUUAAGUUCCUAAAUCCUGAUUACUUUUUUCGUUUUACUUUUUCCCGAUUGCUCGUUUGCUGGUCGGUAUGAACGGUUUGAUCGUGCAAUAUAUCUAUAUCUCUGUCUUGUAGUUUGAUCCAAAGGAAAAUAAUACAAAAAAUUAGUGAAAUAA